GGUGGUCUGGUGGGCUUGUUGCCUGACUCUGUGUGUUAGUGACUUAGGUACUGUGAAGGUUGACCCCUGCCUUGUCCCAGGGUGAAGAAGUGGCAUUCAGCCAGGUGUGCAUGGGAAGCAAUUGCAUUCUGGCUUUGAAUGGCUCAUCCAGCUCUGCCUUCCCACCUUCUUCUUCCAACACCCACGGGACCCUGGCAAAGCUGGGUGUUCCUGUCUCGGUGAGAGGUCCCCUAGCUGAUGGCGGUACUGGUGGCAGUGAUACCUCACUUACAGAGGCAGUAACGGGGUGAAGGCAGUGGCCAAAGCAUUAGCUGAGGGGGGGAAAAGGAGUGGGAGAACAGCCCCUGAAACCUCAGGGCUCUAACAAGUACCUUUUCAUCAGGCAUGAAAAGUCCUUUGGCCCGUGUUCGUGACAGCUGCCCUUUGUCUGUGGGUGCGAUGUGAAGCCACCAUUGUGGAAGGGGGAGUACACAGGGAGGGCUUGUACCUAACUUCCAGGCUACCAGGACGUGCAGUUUCCCUGCGAACGAGAAGCGAGCUGUGGGAGCAAGUGACUCAGGCUGGUGGAGGGGAGGCCGGGGGUGGCAGCCCUGCUGGUGCCGCCGGCUCGGGCCCCUGCUUCCCGCACCUCCUGAUAGCAACUCCUGGCUGAGAGGGGACGGAGCUCCCGGCCAAUUGGGCGCUGAUCUGAAGCGGGGGGGGGAGAAAUCUGCUUCUCUCCCCCCCCCCCCCCCCCCCCACCUCCGCGCUGGGGCUGUGAUUCAGUUCCCCUCCCCCAGCCCACCCCCUCUGCUCAGAGGCUGACAGCCGGAGCCGCAGCCUGCCGGAGCCCCGGAGCUGUUUUCCAAGCCGUGGAAGAGAGAGACCCAGGGAUUUUUUCUCAGCUCCCCAGAGCCUGCUGAGUCCCAGGCCGGACGCACACGGACAUGGAAAGAGUCAGCCUCCAGCGACCCGCCUGGAAAUGGCAAGUACUGAGUUUGUUUUUGCUCUGCGGCUGGGGCUGGGUCUCCGGGCAGAUCCACUACUCGGUGGUUGAGGAGUCGGAGGUGGGAACCAUGGUGGGGAACGUGGCCCGGGACCUGGGCUUGAAGGUGGAGGAGCUGCCGGGUCGCAGGCUGCGCCUGGGCUCAGAGGAGAGCCAGCGCUACUUCGCCGUGCGCCUGGACAGUGGCGCGCUGGUGGUGAGCCAGCAGCUGGACCGGGAGCGUCUGUGCGGAGCGGCUGUCAGCUGCGUGCUGUCGGUGCAGGUGGUGACAGAGAACCCCCUGCAGCUCUUCCGCCUGGAAGUGGAGAUCCUGGACCUGAAUGACAACUCCCCGAGCUUCCCCACCUCUCACCGCACCCUGCGCAUCGCUGAGUCUGCCACAGUGGCUACGCGCUUCCCCCUGGAGAGCGCGCAGGACCCCGAUGUGGGCACCAAUGCUGUAGGUUCCUACCGGCUAAGUCCCAACUCCCACUUCUCCCUGGACGUCAAGCAGCAGCAGGAUGGCAAACUCUUCCCGGAGCUGGUGCUGGAGCGUGCCCUGGACCGGGAAGAGGAGCCAGAACUGCAGCUGGUCCUGACAGCCAUGGACGGGGGAAGCCCAGCCCGCUCGGGCACGGCACAGAUAACAAUUCUGGUCCUGGAUGUCAAUGACAAUGCACCCACCUUUGACCGUGCCACGUAUAAGGUGCAAGUCCCGGAAAACACACCUGUGGGGGCUCUGCUCCUCCGUCUCAAUGCAUCCGACCCUGAUGAGGGUCCCAAUGGGGAGAUACAGUAUUCCUUUGGGGUUCACACUUCUGACUCAGUCCGGAGGCUUUUUGCCCUGGAUCCCCGCAGCGGGGAGGUCCGGAUAAGUGGGGCCCUGGACUUUGAGGAAUCACCUUUCUAUGAGAUUUAUGUGCGAGCCCAUGAUGGAGGGGUCCCGGAGAUGGAGGGCCACUGUGUACUGCGAGUGGAAGUGGAGGAUGCCAAUGACAACCCCCCCGAGGUCCUGGUCACUUCCCUGCUGAACCCAGUGCCAGAAGAUACCCCACCGGAGACAGUCGUGGGGCUCUUCAACGUACGGGACAGAGACUCGGGGGCCAGUGGGGAUGUGAGUUUGGGGAUCUCUUCUGAUGUGCCUUUUGCCAUCAGGUCCCUGCAGAACCACUUCUCCCUGGUCACCCGGGAGACUCUGGACCGAGAGUCCACCUCACGGUAUGGAGUGGUGCUGAUUGCCCAGGAUGGUGGGUCUCCUGCUCUCACCACAACGCUCACGCUGCUCCUCAACAUAUCUGAUGUGAAUGACAACCCCCCCCGCUUCUUGCAGCCCUCCUACGAUGCUUUCCUCCUGGAGAACAACCCGCCUGGCUCCCUGCUGUGCACUGUCUCUGCCUCAGACCCUGACGACGGGGAUAAUUCCCGGCUUGUUUACUCCAUACAGAGUGGGCAAGUGCAGGGUGCCCCCACCUCUUCCUUCGUCCACAUCAACCCUGACAAUGGCAACCUCUAUGCUCAGCGCACCUUUGACUUUGAGCUGAUGCAGGUUCUGCCGGUUUCUGUGGCUGUGCGGGACUCGGGGUCCCCCCCACUCCGUGCCAAUGUUACUGUCUACAUCUUCGUGCUGGACCAGAAUGACCACGCCCCCACCAUCCUGCACCCUGCCAGUGAGAGCGAUGUCCCGGCACCACAGAGGGUUCCACUGUCUGCCCCACCAGGCUACCUGGUCACCAAGGUGACAGCAGUGGAUGCAGAUGCUGGGCAUAAUGCCUGGCUCUCAUACCACCUGCUGCCACAGUCCACUGACCCCUCUUUGUUCCACGUGUCACUGUACACAGGGGAGGUGCGGACAGCACGCACCUUCAAAGACACUGACAUGACAGCGCAGCAGCUUAUUGUCCAGGUGAAGGACAAUGGUGACCCACCACUCUCCACCACUGUCCCCAUCACUGUGGUCCUGGAGGAGGCAGCCCUGGAGGAGAGCUACAGCCCUCGGGACUUCCUGGCUGGUGCCAAGGAAAAGCCGGACCUAACCCUCUACCUGAUCAUCGCUCUGGCAGCCGUUAGCACUGUGGCUCUCGCCACCGUCACCCUCCUGGCCACCCGGUGCCUCCGGCGCAGAGGCCAUGCUGCCGCCUCGCCCUGCUGCUGGCACCAUGAGUCACCGUCCCGGGACUUCUUCAAGCACUCCAGCCCCAAGCUCCAGCUCAACUCCGACGGCACCCUUAAGUACAUGGAGGUCACCUUGCGACCCACCGACUCCCCAUCCCAGUGCUACAGCACCUGCUUCUCCCCCGGCUCCGAGGGGAGCGACUUCACCUUCCUGCGGCCAUGCCCCCGCCCCGCCACCCUACCGAGGGAACCCGGGGCUUUCCUCUCCGCUGCCGGUACGCUGCGGGACCGCGGCCAGCAACCUCAGCCUAACACAGACUGGCGCUUCUCUCAGACCCAGAGACCUGGAACCAGUGGCUCCCAGAAUGGAGAGGAAGGUGGAGCCUGGCCGAACAACCAGUUUGACACGGAGGUGCUCCAAGCCAUGAUCCUGGCUUCAGCAAAUGAAGCUGCUGAUGGCAACUCAACGCUGGGCGGUGGGACGGGCACCAUGGGGCUGAGCGCCCGCUAUGGCCCCCAGUUCACCCUGCAGCAUGUCCCUGAUUACCGGCAGAACGUCUACAUCCCGGGCAGCACCGCCACCCUCACCAACGCUGCCGGCAAGCGUGAUGCCAAGAACGCCGGUGCCUCAGGAGGCAACAAGAAGAAGUCCGGGAAGAAGGAGAAGAAGUAGAGAAGAAGAAGGAGACCUUAGAGCCACAGGGCAGCCGGCUCCAGCACUCCCCCAACCCACAGCUCAGGCCAGAGGACGAAUGUGAAUUUGUUGUGAUGCUAAAAGUAGGAAACACUGCGAAUGUAUCUCCUCCUCAUCAUCAUCAGAGCUAGGAGCAGGGUCUCGCUGCUGUUAGAUCUCAUGAUGAAAACCAAUCCGGAAGCUAAACCGAACACAAACAAGUGCCCUGUGAAUACUUGCUAAUGUUUUAUAUGAUCCCUUGGGUGUUAGAAUAUGCAAGGGCAGAAGGUCUUCUGCCACAUCUUCGGAUCCAAUUUGCUCUCAGAUAGUCCUAGAAAGGCACAAGGCUUGUGCAUGGCUUUGCCCAGUGUAAAUAAUCCUAGCAGGGAUCUUUUAAUUUAUAGACCUUCAAUCAUUUUUUCUUUGGAAAGAAAGUCCUUAGCUUAGAGCCCAUGCUCCAGAUCUUUGCUCUUAAACUUUCCAUCAGUAAAAUUCACCCCCAGUUAAUGAUAGCGAUGGAUUUGUUGCUGAGAAGUUGGUAGGGAGUGCUUCAGUUCCUGCUUCCCUGUUACCUGGAAAAACAGUAAGUAAGUGUUUAUAUUGCAUGAGUCAAAAGGAAUAUGGCAAAGCUGCAUCCUAAACAUUUAUUUUCUUGUUUUAAAGUGCAACCACUGAUGGCCUGAAAUAUGAGAUUAAAACCCCCCUCUUGAUGUCAGAUGUAGGGAAUUCAAUGAGGAGCGUGCCGAGGUGUGCGGCAGCUGCCCCAGCGGUUCUAGGGGUCUCCGAAGAGCAGACACAUCUCAUCCCUUCUUUGCAGUAAAUAUUUAUAUGUACAGUCAAUGUUCUUCUGGAAUUAAAGCUAAGAGAGUCUCACUCCCCUGUGGCCAGGUGGCCAUCUGGCCAAGUCCCCAUCAAGGGGACCAGGGGACGAUGCUUCACGCUUCUGCACACCGUUUCUGCAUGCACAUCCUUCACCUCACGCCUGCACUAGCGCAGUUAGCUCCAUGGACCCAGAGAAGUCCUUGCAUGCCCAUGCAGCGUGGUGUGAACAGCCCCUCUGUGCUGGGGCUGCUUUGGGAGGGGUGGGGUGGGUGGGAUGGGUGAAACGGGAUAGGGAAAAUCAUCACUUCUUAUUUGGGGGUUAUUUGGGGUCUCAGCCAAAGGGGGAGAUCUGUGGAGAUGCCGGUGCAUGGCUUUGAGAGUUGGUGACUGAGUAAGUGAUGGUUGGUUCGAUGGUGUUUGGGGACCAGACCUGGGGAACAAGCCAAGAGCUGGGGGUGAGCAUGGGGUGAUGCUGCAAAGCUGGCGAGCCAGGGCAACAAGGUGGGGAUGUUACAAGGGACCAUGCCAAGCCAGCCCAGAGGAGAUGCUCCCACUGGAUUUGGGCUUUCCACCCUGUGUAGGGAAUCAAAGGAUGAGGAAUAGAGUUUUUCCAUAUGCCCAUAACCCUUGCACCAGGCCAGCUUCCCAUAUCAAAGCAGCUCUGAGCCCCCCCCAGGUUGGCAAAGCGGGGCUUUGUGUAGCCAGAGCGAGGAGAGGGGCUGCGGGGUGGCCAGGAAGGGGGUUCCUGGGGGGGGUGUUGUUUUUUCCGUUUUUAACCACUAACACAUAACUCACCCAAGCAGAUCCAGCCCUCUCAGCCAGGCUGCGGCCAUCCCACCGCUGCCCCCUCCCCAAACCCAGGGCAGCAGGAGCAUCCGCUGUUGCCCUUCUGUAUCCAGCACCUCCAGCACUGGCUGCACUGGGAGCAGUUCCCACCCUGUCCCCUGCAGCUGCCACUUGCCCCCCCCUCUAGAAAUGCUGUAGCUGAAUCAUAGUCUUUAUAUUUCUUUUUAACCUGCAACCCGAGGUAGCGUAGUGAGUGUUGUGUAUUUAGUGCUGUGUUCUUUUUAAUCUUGGUAACUUACUCGUGGCCACCAGUAUUUUCAAUUCUCUCUGUAUCUUCUUUCCAUGUGCUCUGUGCUCCGAGUGUACGUGAAAUGAACACGUUUGCCCUUUCAAUGUGUCUAAUAUUGAAUUAUACUUAUAUAUUAUAUAUAUGCUUAUAUCCUUCUUAUACCCAUAUAGACCAACGUCGAUGUGUUACACGCAAGUUUUAUACUCUAAUAUUUAUAUGGCUUUUUUUUUCUUUGGGAAAAAAAAAUAAUAAAAUGGUUUCUUCUGAA